AUGGCCGGCGAGGAGGACAGCAAGGCGCCGGUGAGCGGGAUGCUGGAGGGCUCGAUGCGGGAGGACGCCCUGGGGGGGUUGGGGCCCAUGGGCCAGAUCCCAGCCUCUAAUGGCGACGGCUACCUUCAGGACCUACAGGCCAUCUCCCAGGAGGCCCACCAGGGGGUGGUCCCCAGGCCCCAGUUGCCCGGGGCAGUCCCUGGGGCCCAGAUGCAAGGGCCAGUCUCUGGGGCCCAGAUGCAAGGGGCAGUCCCAGGGUCCCAGAUGCCAAUGGGCCCAGAGGGCCAGGCACCUCUGGCGAUGGCGGCGACAGAUGAUAUGGGCGACGUCGCGAUGAGCCCCAAGAAGGAUGGCAAGGGCCGGGCCAGCCUGCUGGACAUGUCGGAGACAGAGAGGAUACGGCGGCGGAGGGAGAUCAACAGGAACUCACAGAGGCGGAUACGGGAGAGGCGGAGCAAGGAGCUGGACGAGCUGCGAACAGAGGCGACCCGGAUGCAGCAUGAGAGCGAGCAGCUCAUCCGGCAGGUGGAGUGCAUCACAGCCGAGAAGGCAGAGCUGCUGCGCCAGAUCCAGGACCUCACAGAGAAGUGGCAGCAGUCGAUCGCCGAAAACGCGGUGCUCAACCGGGAGAACCUCCAGCUCAGGAGCAGCCUCCAGCAGCUGACGGGGCUGCCCGGCAUGGUGGCGGGUUCAAUCGCGGGCGGGGUGCCAGCAUCGCAGGCGCAGAAAGUUGUGGGAAAGCCUUGA